AUGGUUGUUGGAAGGAACGAUGAUGCCAUUGUUGAUGCAUUGCGGAUGUUGGCUAGAUCUCUUGGUGAAAUUCCUCAAGCUAAUGCUGGAAAUCGGAAUGGUGAUGAUGAUGAGUAUCGUGCUUUGGGGAAGUUCCAGAGGAAUAAUUCUCCUACCUAUGAGGGAGAGCAUGAACCGGAUAACGCUCAAGCUUGGUUGAAGGCGAUCGAGAAAAUCUUUCGAGUCAUUGCACCGAUGCUCAGAGAGUGCAGUUUGGUUACUUGGGAUCGUUUUCGUGAUGCAUUCUUUGAAAACUAUUUUCCGGAAGAUUAUCGUGGAAAGAAAGAGGUGGAAUUCCUUGAGUUGAAGCAAGGAAAUGGUAUUGUUGCUGUAUAUGCUGCUAGAUUUCAAGAGCUUAUCAAGUAUUGUCCUCACUAUAAUACUAUGAAUGCGGAGAGAUCUAAGUGUUUAAAGUUUGUCAAUGGUUUGAGGCGUGAUAUCAAGAAGGCAAUUGGUUAUCAACAAAUUACUCGUUUUACGGAGUUGGUUAACAAGAGUCGGAUCUAUGAUGAGGAUAUUAGGGAAAGUGCUUCUCACUACAAGGCUAUGAAUGAGAAGAAAUUUCAAUUCCGUGGGAAACUGUAUGAUGGUAAAGGAAAGCAGAAAGCUUGUAAUGGCAAGAAACCGAGUGGGGGAGGAUCUCACACUCUUGUUAAGUGCUAUAGGUAUGGUGUGGAGGGACAUCGUAUUUCUGAAUGUCCUCAGUCUGAUGCGACGUGUUUCAAGUGUGGCAAGUUAGAUGAUGUUCAAGUAAGAGAUAAUUUGACGAUUGAUACAUCACCUAUACGAAUUGAAGAUCGAGAGGUGAAUAAGCUUUGUGGUAAGAAGAUUUCUUUGGUGAAAGUGAUAUGGGGUGGAGUUGCCGAUGACAAUAUCACUUGGGAACUCGAGGAUAAGAUGAAGGAAUCGUAUCUGGAGUUGUUUGCUUGA